AUGGUGCUGGCGGCGCUGACGGCGGCCGCUCGGCUGGGCCGGCGGCGGUUGAGCGGGCCGGGCCGGGGCCGCGGGGCCGUGACCGGGCGCUCCCGGAGCCGGCGGGAGGCGGCGGAGGCCGAGGCGGCCACGCCCGUGGUGCAGUACGUGGGCGAGCGCGCCGCCCGCGUGGACCGCGUCUUCGUGUGGGGCUUCAGCUUCUCGGGGGCGCUGGGCGUGCCCAGCUUCGUGCUGCCCGGCUCGGGGCCCGCGCCCCGCGGCCCGCGCCCGCGCCGCCGCAUCCAGCCCGUGCCCUACCGCCUGGAGCUGGAGCAGAAGAUUUCAUCUGCGGCAUGUGGCUACGGAUUCACAUUGCUCUCCUCCAAAACCAGGGAUGUGACGAAAGUCUGGGGCAUGGGCCUCAACAAAGACUCCCAGCUGGGGUUCCAGAAGAGCCGGAAGGAUAAAGCGCGGGGCUACGAGUAUGUUCUGGAACCGGCGCCCGUGCCGCUGCCGCUGGACCGGCCUCAGGAGACACGGGUGGUGCAGGUGGCCUGCGGCCGGGCCCAUUCCCUGGUGUUGACUGACCACGAAGGAGUUCUCAGCAUGGGAAACAAUUCUUACGGGCAGUGUGGACGGAAGGUCGUGGAGGGUGAAGUGUACAGUGAAAGUCACAAAGUGCAUCGGAUGCAGGACUUUGAUGGCCGCGUGGUGCAGGUGGCCUGUGGUCAGGACCACAGCCUGUUCCUGACCGACAGAGGGGAGGUCUACUCCUGCGGCUGGGGCGCCGAUGGCCAGACAGGUCUGGGCCACUACAACAUCACCAGCACCCCCACCAAGCUGGCCGGGGACCUCGCCGGAGUCCGGGUCAUCCAGGUUGCCACCUAUGGGGACUGCUGCCUGGCUGUGUCUGCCGACGGCGGCCUGUUCGGCUGGGGCAACUCGGAGUACCUGCAGCUGGCCUCUGUCACUGACUCCACGCAGGUGAACACAGCCCGGACCCUGCCCUUCUCGGCCGUGGGCCAGGUGAAGCAGGCGGCGUGUGGUGGCACGGGCUGUGCGCUGCUCAACGGUGACGGCCAGGUGUUCGUCUGGGGCUACGGGAUCCUUGGCAAGGGGCCCAAGCUGGUGGAAAGCGCCCUCCCCGAGAUGAUCCCGCCCAGUCUCUUCGGCCUGACGGACUUCUGCCCCGACGUGCGGGUCGCCCACAUUCGCUGCGGCCUCAGCCACUUUGCUGCCAUCACCAGUGACGAUGCCGGGGCAGCCUGUGGACGUGGCUUGUGGUGUGGAUCACAUGGUGACUCUGGCCAAGUCUUUCAUCUGAGUGUGGGCUCCGAACUGGACGCCGGCCAGGAACUGACACCCCCGCCCCCCAGCCCCAGACCUGUGCAACCCUCCCACGGGAAGCUGUGAUGCUGGGUUGGGGAUGUUGGGGAGACCCCAGUGCUGAGAAGCUGCAGGACCCUCCAGGGCACCCCCCUCAGCCGAGUGCCGGGCUUGGGGAGCCACCACCCCAGCUUUAACCAGGGCCCCGGCUUCAUCCUGGGGUCACCGUCAGCUGCCCACUGCAGCCCCCACUCCUCCUGCCCUGGCCCCGGAGCCCCCGCAGCAAGAGGCCGGGGGCCGCGUUCCUGUGGGCUGAGGGCGCAGACAGGGCCACACACGUUUGGCCCGAAUACCAGCCUGGAGAAGAAAGAUCCAGAAAAUUGGGAAAAACAGUUGUACUGGUAACAUGUCUUUGUCUUCACAAACUUUUUUUUUAAACGUCUUUGGAAUAAAGUCUAUUUUCUGCCUGAUGUUUUUCAGAA